AUGCCUGUUAAUGCCUCCAUGCCCAUUAAUACCUCUUUACCCGUUAAUACCUACGUGCCCGUUAAUGCCUCCAUACCCAUUAAUACCUACAUGCCCGUUAAUACCUCUUUGCCCGUUAAUACCUACGUGCCUGUUAAUGCCUCCAUACCCAUUAAUACCAACAUGCCUGUUAAUGCCUCCAUGCCCUUUAAUACUUAUUUACCCGUUAAUACCUCUUUACCCGUUAAUACCUACAUGCCCGUUAAUAUCUACACGCCCAUUAAUACCUCUUUGCCCAACAAGACUCUUCCGCUGGAAAACACCACCGACUGUCUGAGCACCAUGGCCAGCGUCUGCAAAGUCAUGCUGGAGACGCCAGAAUAUUCCAGUCGCUUCAGCAGCGACGACACAGUCCUGUUCUGCAUGAGGGUCAUGGUGGGCGUCAUCAUCCUCUACGACCACGUGCACCCCAUCGGGGCCUUCAACAAGUCCUCCAAGAUCGACAUGAAAGGCUGCAUAAAAGUGCUGAAGGAGCAACCGGCCGACAACGUGGAAGGUCUGCUCAACGCCCUCAGAUUCACCACCAAACAUCUGAACCAAGAGUCCACUCCGAGGACCAUCAGGUCCAUGCUGCAGUGAGGACCCCAGCGCUGGCCUCAGAUAAGACCCUUAUGUUGACAUUCUUUCAAAGGCAUGGUGGUCUUCAAGCGGCGGAACCGAGGACAUGGUUGGUUUCAGCCUGGAUCAGAUCUCAUAUGAUGGCAGAGCCAGCUUCAAGGGCUGAACGUUUGUCUUCUUGUCCUGCCACUGGGAAUUGAAUCUUUAGAAUCACACCAAAACCCCAUACGAAUAUUUUUACUACUGUUCUUAUUUCCUUCUUGUUAAUAUAUUCAUUUCUUGCCAGUUUUAAAAGGAGAAAAAAUGCCUUGUUUAAAUUAUUACCUAGAUAUUUUUUUUUUAUGCUUGGUGUCAUUGUAUUGCCUUAAAACGCACAUUUGGAGCUACUGUACUUUUUGAAGGGGAACUGCACUUAUUUUGCAAUUUUGCCUAUUGUUUACAAUCAUUAUGAGAGACUAGAACACAGAUGGUUUCAUUUUUUAUAUGCGUUCUAAAUAUUAAAUAAAUGCGAUCACAAGUCUGCUUGCAAUGGAGCCCAUGGUAGUCGCUCUAUUCUGCCUAUAAAGCCCUUAAAAAAACACCCAAACACCUCCAUUAAGGUUUUAUAUCCAGGAUGUAAGUAUAUAUGUAAUGUCGUAACAUUCUUAAUAACAUGUAAUAUUUACGUAUUUUGAUCAUUUUCAAGCAUUUCAAAAAGGUAUGUUUGCUUUUUUCCAACAUCACUGAUUAUUACUCACUGCAGACGUCAUAAUAAAACAUCACUUACUGUACAAGGUCUGCUGUCAUUAGGAUGCAGACUGACGGAAUCUUGUUAUAUUCUCGUUUAGAUGAAGAAUGACUCAUAAUCCUCGCCAAGAAAAGAGGGUCAUUCUCGCCAUCGCCGGGUCUAAACUGGCUGUCAAAGUGUACCAACUUGUCGGAAUACCUCCUCGUCCUUCUACUAUCCAGGUGAGGGGUAUGAUUUAUGAUCUACAGUGAAGUUUGACGAGCAAGAGAACGAGGAAGCAGCUGAUCAGUCGAUCAUGCCAACAUUGGCGUUGCUAUAAAUAGUUUGUCUGCGUUAGCGCUUUUACCGUAAAUCCGGACUAUAAACCGCUACUUUUUUCUUAAACUUUGAAGCCUGCGGCUUAAAAGACGGUGCGGCUAAUUUAUGUUUUCUUUCUCAGAUAACAGCCAUAAUAAAAACAGUUAAAAAAAACAAACAAGCAAAUACACCCUAAAAGUGUUUUAUUGUUUGUGCUAGGGCGCCAUCUUAUGGACAAGUUUGCUCACUGCAGAUGUCCUUCUAUUUACGGGCAACGCUUUUUGUUUUUUUCCAACCAAAGUGCCGUGUUCGUCUUCCAGCUGUCAAUAGCGUUGCUACUCGAAUUCUUACUUAUUAAAUGUCUGUAGGAGUGUUUUCAUGCAUAUUUGUACGCGCUAUCGUACUGUGAUUAAGAUAUCGUCGUUAACAUAGCUAAUAUGUUUAAAGUUUUGCGAGUAUCUGUAUUAGUAUUAUUAACUUACAGUGGCAUUAUUUUUUUGUUGUUUCAGUUUUAUAAAUUCCUCAGUGAAUUAACCAAAAUGUCACCGUGGAGUUAAGUCUGUUAAGCUGAUUGGAGAGCUAGCUUCCGCAGCUCGUGGGUCCACGUUGAUGGCUUCUGUUUUGUUUGAUCAGCCGUUUUACUGUCGUGUAUUUUUUAUAUUUAUAAAAUAUUUCUGUGUAAACAACUAAUUUCACAACGUACAGUAUAUAUCUGCUACUUAUAGUCCGAUGCAGCUAAUAUAUGGGGGGAAAAAAUAUUCUAAAGUUUACUUGUAUACUAUAGUCCGGACUAUACGAUAACAAUAUCGCUAUUACUUUCAUAAUAUUCAAGUCAUAUGGAGUAUUGUUGGCACUUUUCGGUUAGUUGUGUAUUGAGUUUUAUUGAACCGUGUUUUUAUUUUACCAUGAAUUGAUUUACUUUGACCCCGACUUAAACAAGUAGAAAAACUUAUUCGGGUGUUACCAUUUAGUGGUCAAUUGUACGGAAUAUGUCCUGUACUGUGCAAUCUACUAAUAAAAGUCUCAAUCAAUCAAUGAAAUUUACUCCGCUGUAAACGGAACUUAUAUUUACGUUUAUUUACGAGUUGGAAUGCAUUUUUAAAAAUACAACCGUCAUGUCUCCCAUAAUAAACGUGAAGGAUAGGCAAACCUCCAAAAAAAUCAAGUGCAGUUCCCCUUUCACACAUGGAAUAUUACUGCCAUAUUCUGUGGUCAUUUGAGUAUGCUGCACUGCAAUUGGACAAUGGCCUGCUUUUGAAAUAAGAAGCUAACAUCUGAUUGAAGUACUGUCACUUAAACACUCCACUCCUCACACAAUAGUAUGAACAUAUUUGGGAUGGCUUUUACUAUGCAAAGAUGUAUAUUUCGUUUCCGUGUGAAGAAUGCAAGAUGUUUGAUGAAAGGGUGCUAUUGGGUAAUAAAGGUGGUACAUUUCUA